AUUAUUGUGUUGGAAAUACAAAACACUCUGCAAACACAUAAUGCCGUUCUGUAAAUGUAGUUGUUAAUUUUGUGUCAAAAAAAUUCUAGAGAUUACAUUUAUGUAUGAAUUUAAGAAGCAAUUUUCUCUUAUUUUGUUCUUUUAUAAUGGCGUCAUGGUAACUCAUAAAAUCGUAUCUAUUUGCCAUCAUUUCAAACACAUCAGUUUAUUGAAAUACCAUAAGGCAUAUACUUAUCCAACAUGUAAACUCAAAUAUUGGUUGUGUAUUAGGUUCAACGAAACAAACUCUGUAAAGGAUACUCAAGUAUAAUGGUCAAUAACCCAAAUCCAUCCACUGCAUUACCCUCAGGGCCUCGUGGCCCCGCAUCUGUUUUGGGAUCUGAGUUCACAUUAUUCUGAAUAUGUCACAACCAUUCCCAUCAGCCAGUGAGUUCCAGUGUAUGGGAGAAUGAGUGCUGUUCUGGGCAAGCUUUUCCCGAAAUGCAUAUGAUUCACCAUUAACCCCCCAGACUUCCCUACAGCUGGUUCAGAUGAUGCGGUGGUGUCUGUGAUGUGUUUUCAUAUGCUUGGUGUGCUUAUCUUCUACAUUGUUAUUCACCACAUUCCUGUAACCACCGCAUGACAGUAAAGAAACUGGCUAGUUACCACAUAUACCACAUUUAGUCCCAUUUCACGAUGUAAAUAUCUUUCUCCUCUGUGUCCCACUUUGAUGCUGUGUUUUUUUUCUGCCCCCUAUUUUUUUUUCUACAUGUCCAAUGUCUGUCCAUCUCCCCUUACUCCUGUCUGUCCAUUUGUCCCCCUCCUCACUUUAGGACGUUGGCUCCUUGCGGUGUUGAGAGUUUAGGGUCACUUUCACUCUCAGCAUUGGGGCACAGUGCAUGCGACCACCCGGCCAGCCUGCCCUAAGUUGCCAUGGCCACAGUCACCCCUGGCGACUGCCCUCACGCCACAGACCGAGCCAGGGUGAGGAGGAGGAGGGUGGAGGGCAAAGGGAGGAAGAACUUUCCAUGCCAGCUGUGUGAGAAAGCCUUCAACAGCGUGGAGAAGCUCAAGGUGCACUCGUACUCACACACUGGCGAGAGACCGUACAGCUGCACUCACACCGACUGCACCAAGGCCUUUGUCUCCAAGUACAAACUCUUACGGCACAUGGCCACACACUCGCCAGAGAAGACCCACAAGUGCACUUACUGUGAGAAGAUGUUCCAUCGCAAGGACCACCUGAAGAACCACCUACACACGCACGACCCCAACAAGGAGGCCUUCACCUGCGACGAGUGUGGCAAGAGCUACAACACCAAGCUGGGCUUCAAGCGCCAUUUGGCCCUGCAUGCGGCCCACAGCGGGGACUUGACCUGCCAGGUGUGCCUCCAGCCGUACCCCAACACUGCCCUGCUGCUCGAGCACCUGCGCGGCCACGCCGGCAAGAGCUCCUCCGCUGCCAAGGAGAAGCGGCACCAGUGUGAGCACUGCGAGCGCCGCUUCUACACGCGCAAGGACGUGCGCCGCCACAUGGUGGUGCACACGGGUCGCAAGGACUUCCUGUGCCAGUACUGCGCCCAGCGCUUCGGCCGCAAGGACCACCUGACACGCCACGUGAAGAAGAGCCACGCCCCCGAGCUGCUGCUGGCCGUCAAGGCCGAGCCGGUGGAGCUGGAGCCAAUCGCCUGCCAGCUGCCGCCGGCCGCCCCCUGCGAGAUGGGCAGUGGCGCCGUGAAGGACGAGUUGUCUCUCCUCAGCGGUGGUUUGUUUGGCCCCUCCCCCCCACUGUCGCUGCGCUACCCGUUGGGCCCCGCCUCCUACUCGCCUCCUCCGCCCCUGAGGGCGGAGCUAGAGACCUACCUGCUGGAGCUGCAGGGGCACUUACCUUCUGAGCCCGCCCACUUGGAAGACACACCCUUGCCCAAGAUCAGCAGCGCUGCCGCGGCGACCAGUGAUACAUUUGGCUCUUCCUCGCUGGAGUUCUCACAGCUCUUCAAUUUCCUGCCUCUCAACGGCCCCUGCUACAGCCAGGCAGCUGGGUCAGCGCUUGGGCUCUCCUACCCAGCAGAGGAGGGGCUGUCGCUGGCUCCACCCAUCUCCCAGGAUCCCACAGCGGAGCCUGUCGGUCCCCUACACACACUCUCCUCUACUUACACCCCGGGUCUCAGCACACAUGCACAUACACACUCGGCCAGCCUUAGCACAACCACCACCCUGCCUCGCUUCCACCAGGCUUUCCAGUAACACACACACACACACACACACACACACACACACACACACACACACACACACACACACACACAUACACACUGCCUCACUUCAAUACAGUUAUGUAAACCUACAAACAUUACCAGUCAAAGAACAGUCCUGAUGCCAGUAACACA